AAAUACCUUAGACACACUCUUCACAUCGAUUCGAUUUUCCCCUCACCAAUCCCUCUCGAUCAUUGGAGGAAACUAAAAGGCAAAAAAAAAUCGACAUAAGAAUAAAAACAAUUUCCCUUUAAAAUAAGGAAAUUAUAAACUUCGAAGAAAAUAUACAAAACACAAUCUCUCACACUUAAAGCCCCUAGAGAAUCUAAUCCUCCCAUUAUUCUUUUAAGGAUCGGUGAUUCUCUAAAAAGGUAAACGCACGAGCAUGGCGGCCGCGGUUGCGACGGGGGUUGCACCGUCGACAAUGAUUGAUCAAGUUCCGAGUCCGACGGCUCAGACUUCGGUUCAGGUUCCGGUUUCGGUACCGGUUCAAUCUCCAGUGGUUGCGGCUGAUCAAACGCACCCGAAUUCAUCGCUCUACGUGGGAGAUCUAGACCCGAGAGUGGCCGAAGCACAUCUGUUCGAUCUGUUCAAACAUAUCGCUAGUGUUGUCUCGGUACGAGUCUGUCGCGAUCAGAGCCGUCGAUCUUUGGGAUAUGCCUACAUCAAUUUCAGUAACCCUAAUGAUGCUAUCCGCGCAAUGGAGGCCUUGAACUACACUCCCCUCUUCGACAGGCCCAUCAGGAUCAUGCUCUCGAACCGUGACCCCAGCACGCGAAAGAGCGGCAAAGGUAACAUUUUUAUCAAAAGCCUAGACGCCUCUAUCGACAACAAGGCCUUGUUCGAGACCUUUUCGAGUUUCGGAACCAUCCUCUCAUGCAAAGUUGCAACUGACGUGACCGGACAGUCCAAGGGAUACGGGUUCGUCCAGUUCGAGAAGGAGGAAUCUGCUCAAGCAGCAAUUGACAAGCUAAACGGAAUGCUAAUGAACGACAAGCAAGUAUACGUGGGACACUUCAUUAGACGCCAAGAACGCUCUCGGGAAGAAAACGCCCCUACGCCGCGUUUCACUAACGUGUACGUCAAGAAUCUCCCCAAGGAGAUUGGUGAGGACGAGCUAAGGAAGACGUUUGGUAAAUUUGGAUCGAUUUCGAGCGCGGUUGUGAUGAGGGACCAAAGUGGAAACUCGAGGUGUUUCGGGUUUGUGAACUUUGAGUAUGCCGAAGCAGCGGCGCAAGCCGUUGAGAAGAUGAAUGGGAUUAGCUUAGGGGAUGAUGUGUUGUUCGUUGGGAGGGCGCAGAAGAAGUCUGAGAGAGAGCAAGAGCUGAGAAGGAAGUUUGAGGAAGAGAGGAUGAACCGGUUUGAGAAAUCUCAAGGAGCAAAUCUGUAUUUGAAGAAUCUUGAUGAUAGCGUUGAUGAUGAGAAACUCAAGGAGAUGUUCUCUGAGUUUGGAAAUGUAACCUCUUCCAAGGUUAUGGUUAAUCCACAAGGAAUAAGCAGAGGGUUUGGUUUUGUUGCUUAUUCCAAUCCUGAAGAAGCUUCAAGAGCCCUGAAUGAAAUGAACGGGAAGAUGAUAGGAAGGAAACCACUUUACAUAGCUCUUGCGCAGCGCAAAGAAGAUAGACAAGCACAUUUACAGGCGCUGUUUUCACAGAUUAGAGCACCAGAGUCAAUGCAAUCUCCAAUGACGGGGUUUAAUCACCCACGAGGUGGACCAAUGCAUGGUCCACCUCAGCACAUGUACGUAGGCCAGAAUGGGCGUUCAAGCAUGGUCCCAUCCCAGCCCAUGGGAUAUGGAUUCCAGCCUCAGUUCAUGCCCGGGAUGCGUCCAGGUUCUGGCCCACGCAACUUCAUCAUGCCUUAUCCUCUUCAGAGACAAACUCAGGCCGGUCAUAGAAUGGGAUUUGGGCGCGGUGCUACUAACAUGCCACAUCACAUCCAACAACAGCAACAACUUAUACACCAUAACCCGAGCCCGGGAAUGAGAUAUAUGAAUGGUGCGGGUAACGGGAGGAACGGAUUGGAAUUGAGUGUUUCACAAGGAACGUUGCCUCCAGUCACGCCUUUGCCAAUUGAUGCUUCUUCAAUUGGUAUUGUUGCUCCUCAAAAUCACCAGAAAGCUCCUCUACUUCCAAUCUCUAAGCUCACUUCUCUCUUAGCUUCUGCUAGUCCAGCUGAUCGCACACGGAUGCUCGGAGAGCGACUAUACCCACUUGUGGAAAGGCAGGAACCACUUCACGUGGCUAAAGUGACAGGAAUGUUGUUGGAGAUGGAUCAGGCCGAGAUAUUGCACCUGAUGGAGUCACCAGAGGCACUCAAGUCUAAAGUUUCUGAGGCAUUAGAUGUUCUCAGGCUUUCUGCUGAUGCACCUGAUCAUGAUCUUGGUUUCUCUACCAUCGACUGAAAUCUCCACCUUCUUUUUUAUUUUCCUAGUUUUAUACUAUGGAGUCUUUCUUUAGUCUUUUUAGAAACUUUCUAUUUAUUAAAACUUAUGGUUUUGAGUC